AUGGGGGGAACCCCCAGGGGAGAAAGGAUGGCGUCCCUUUCCGGUCAGAGCACUCCUAAGCUGACAUCGGCCGUCGGCAACUUGUACUACGAUUCCAUCCUACCGUACCGCGAAGACGCGAACGCGCAAACGCGGGAGUUCCUGGCGCGCGUCGUCGAUGUCCUUCUGGACUAUGUGCAGCAGGUCAACGAUAGGAACGAGAAGAUCUUGGAGUUCAAGAUGCCACAGGAGAUGGAGAAGAUGUUGGACUUGCAGCUGCCGGAGCACCCGCUGCCGCUCAAGCAACUGCUAGAGGACUGUAAGAUCACGCUCAAGAAUCAGGUGAAGACUGGUCACCCGCACUUUUUCAACCAGCUGUCGUGCGGGCUGGACAUCAUCUCUUUGGCGGGCGAGUGGCUGACCGCUGCCGCGAACACCAAUAUGUUCACCUACGAGAUCGCGCCCGUCUUCAUCCUCAUGGAGAAUGUCGUGCUCGAGAAGAUGCGCUCCAUGAUCGGCUGGAAGUGCGGUGACUCUAUCCUGGCACCGGGGGGUUCGGUGUCGAACCUGUACGCGUUCUUAGCGGCGCGGCACCACAAGUUCCCGCAGUACAAGGAGAAGGGACUCUCCAGCAUUCCUGGACACCUCGUCAUGUUUACUUCCGAUCAGUGCCACUAUUCUGUGAAGUCGUGCGCCUCGGUAUGCGGUCUGGGCACCGACUACUGCGUGUGCGUGCCGUCCGAUGAGCGCGGUCGCAUGCUGCCGACGGAACUGGAGCGCCUGGUACGCUACCACAAGGAUCGCGGCAACGUGCCAUUCUUCGUCAAUGCGACCUCGGGCACAACCGUGCUGGGAGCUUUUGACCCCCUCGUCGAGAUCGCAGAUAUCUGCCAGAAAUAUGACAUGUGGAUGCACGUUGAUGCCGCUUGGGGAGGAGGUCUCCUGUUCUCUAAGAAGUACCGUCACCCUCGUCUUACUGGUAUCGAGCGAGCGAACUCGGUGACUUGGAACCCACACAAGCUGAUGGGCACGCUGCUGCAGUGCUCUACCGUGCACUUCCGCCAUGAGGGCAUUUUGCUGAGCUGCAACGAGAUGGCGGCGGAAUACUUGUUUAUGACGGACAAGAUCUAUGACCCUCGCUAUGACACCGGGGACAAGGUCAUCCAGUGCGGCAGGCAUAAUGACAUCUUCAAGCUUUGGCUGCAGUGGAGGGGCAAGGGUACGUCCGGUUUUGAGCGCCUGAUGGACCGUCUCAUGGAACUGUCGGAGUACAUGGUGCGUCGCAUCCGCGAGCAGCCGGACAAGUUCCACCUCAUCCUGGAGCCGGAGAUGGUUAACGUCUCCUUCUGGUACCUGCCCAAGCAGCUCCGUGGUCUCCCCCACAACCGCGACAAGGAGAUCAAGCUAGGCAAGGUGUGCGCAAAGCUGAAGGGCCGCAUGAUGCAGUCCGGCACGCUGAUGGUGGGCUACCAACCUGACGACAGACGUCCCAACUUCUUCCGCAACAUCAUCUCCUCCGCCGCCGUCACUGAGCGCGAUGUCGACUUCCUGCUCUCUGAGAUGGAUCGCCUCGGACAGGACAUCGUUGUCGAUUAGACACAUCACUAUAUUUAUUAUCUAUAUCGUUACCGGUUUUUUAUUCUUUAUUUUUAAUCUGUGACUUUUGUCUAUCGUGAUCCCUUCAUUAUUUAUAAACGAAAAAGGCCGUAAAAGAUAAAUCUAGUCUAUGCUUCCUUUUAUUAUUUCUUGGAUUAACUCUCUAAUGAAAGUCGUGUCUGUAUAAUAAACAACUAUAGUUUAUGUCAAGGAUUUUUUUUUUAAAUUUAGAACCUGUUAAAUCGUUUGAGAUGCUCAAUCGUAUUCUUCCUGUACGAAAAGUCGAUAUUAUUUACCCAUUUUAUAAUAACUUUAGACCAUAUUUAAUUAGAAAAUUUACACUGUUUAGCGAGAUCAUAUGAAGCAAUAUUUUCGAAACUCAACGCGGUAUUUUCAUACUAGGCUUUAUUUAGAUUUAUAAUGUAUCCCAUUUAUUCACUCAUAUAGUUAGAUUCUAAUUGCUAGAAUAUUAAACAUUUACGAUCACUGCUAUUACUUCCUUGUUAAAUAUUACAUUUGUGUUGACUAUUGUAUUAUUUUUGUUACAUUUAAUUAUAAUUUAUUUCUAGAUGUCUAAUAUUGACGUAGUCAGUUGUCCGCAAGAGAGCAGCCGUCUUUUAUAAAGUUGAUGUUAUAUUUAUUAUCGUAGUCUACAUUGAUUAUGAAAGUGUAUUUUCGAAGUACAUUUUUCAAAGUUCAGAACAACUGAACUUUGUUAAACGUACAAUAUGAACGUUCUAAUCGUGUUUAAAUGUUAGUUAGUGUCGUUAAUAAUUUAAGUAUAGACGAUCUAUGAUUAUUAUGUAAUAAAAUACACAAAUAAAUAAAGUUCUGUAUCUUAAUAGAUUGGAGUAUUUGAAAUUAUCUAAUUUAAGUACGAAUAGAGUUUGAUUUUUUUUCAUCUGUCACUUUUAGGAAGCAUAAGACGUAUGAAUGGUAGAAUGGAAUUAAUUUAUUGUAGAAUCUAUUUGUUAAUAAUUGCAUAAACAGUGGAAAUAUAUAGAAAUGUUAGAAGGUGAAAAAGUAUUCCUGACUCGUAAUAUAAAAAUAUUUAUAAAAUGUUAAAAUAUCCAAAUAUAAAGGUAUGUUAACGCUAGAAUUGUU